AUGAAGGCAGACAUAGAUGACAGCAUUCCUCGUCGCCUCCAGUGUGCCAGCUCAGCCUUCCGCCGAACGAUGAACAGAGUAUUUGAGGGUCAGGAUGUCACACUCGAGACUCAGCUCAUGGUUUACUGGGCAGCAGUGAUCCACCUGCUCCUAAAAGCUUCUGAUACUUGUACAACCUACAGCAGGCACCUCAAACCACUGGAGAGCUACCAACAGCGGUGCCUUCAUAAGAUCCUCCAAAUUGCUCACAAACUGUUUUACACACUUGGAAAAUGCAUCAAGGGACCAGUCACUCUAAACCAGCUCUACUGGGCAAGACAUGUUGUUCGUAUUCCUGAUGCCAGACACCUGAAGCAACUGUUCUACUCGGAACCUGGUCACAGCAGGAGACCCCGAGGAGGACAGUGGAAACACUUUAGUGAUCUCCUCAACAUGCCCCUGAAGAGAUCAAAUAUCCCCACCAACUCAUGGGAGACUCUGGUUUGUGAUCGCUCAAAUGGAGAAGGCUCAUUUGGUAAGGGAUUCAUGAAGUCAUCCUGCCUCAUGUUACACCAACGAAUUCACACUGAAGAGAGGCCUUUCAGCUGCACAUACUUUGGGAAGAGGUUCAGGCAGUCGUCCAGCCUCUCUGCACACCAGCGACUUCACACUGGGGAGAGGCCAUUCACCUGCCCUGUGUGUGGGAAGGGAUUCACUCAUUCAUCUGGUCUUUGGUCACACCAACGAAUUCACACUGAAGAGAAACCAUUCAGCUGCACUUCCUGUAGAAAGAGGUUCAGGCAGUCAACUGACCUCAAGACACACCAGCGAAUUCACACUGGGGAGAGGCCAUUCACCUGCUCCAAGUGUGGGAAGGGAUUCACUCAGUCAUCCACCCUGCUGACACACCAGCGAAUUCACACUGGGGAGAGGCCGUUCAGCUGCACUUGCUGUGGAAAGACAUUGAGGUGUUCAGCCGACCUCAAUUCACACAAGCGAGUUCACACUGGGGAGAGGCCGUUCACUUGUGUGUGUGGGAAGGAAUUCUCUAAUUCAUCCAGCCUUCUAAAACACCAUCGAGUUCAUACUGGGGAGAAGCCAUUCAGCUGCACUUCAUGUGGGAAGAGUUUCAGGCAGUCAUCGGCCCUCACUGCUCACCAACGCACACACACUGGGGAGAGACCGUUCAUCUGCUCCGUGUGUGGGAAGACAUUCACCCAGUCCAGCAGCCUUCUGUUACACGAGCGCACUCACACCGGGGAGAAGCCAUUUACCUGCUCCGUGUGUGGGAAGGGAUUCACUCAGUCUGGCAGCCUGCAUAUACACGAACGCACUCACAAUGGGGAGAAGCCAUUCACCUGCUCUGUAUGUGGGAAGGGAUUCAUUCAGUCACGGUACCUGCUGACACAUCAGCGAGUUCAUGAGUAAUUCUUGGGGUUGGAUUCUGCUAUUUGUUCUGCUGUUAAUCACAUCCAGGACUGAUAGUCUGACAAUGUUAGGUUUGUUUCUGCUGAUGUUACCAGCCCUAUAACUGGCUGGAGUUUAAUAUUCUGGAGAUGUCACUGAUUUUUGG